UUUUUUUUUUAAUUCCCAGCAUAGUGGUUCCCGCUAAAUUGCUCUGAACUGGACGAAUGGGUACUAGCACUGAGUUGGAGCGAGAAGCCUAUAGAAUCGGAAAGGUGCGUUGUGUUGUGUGACAAGACGAUUGUGGCGCCCCGGUGCGUUAGUUGUAAAGAAACUUUACGACGCACCUGUUGUGCUAUAGCAAUUCUAAAUUUAAAUUUUAAACAUCGAAUCGUACUGCAUUAUUCAGAAAGUAGUGUUGUGCUGUAAUUUUUUUUAACAAUAAUUAUCGAUGAAUUGUGAAAUGUCAAAGUGAGAUUUCGAAUUAAAAGUGUUAUUGGAAUGAAGUGCAUUGUUUGAAGUUAGUGUGUGAACAGUGUUACUAUUUCGUAUGCGGAAGGUCAACAAAACAUUUUAUUGAAGUGAUACGAGUGAUGGUGUGAUACCGCAUGGGUCUGCCCGCGGCGCUGCUAGACGCGGCGGCGCGCGGCGACGCCCCACGUUUGGCGAGCGUGCUGCGAGCGCUCGAGCGAGCGGACGUGUGCGACGAGAACGGAUGCACCGCGUUGCAGCGCGCAGCCGCUGACGGCCACGUGGAGGCGGUCCAACUGUUGCUCCAGCAUGGAGCGAGCCCCAACAAGCAGGAUCUCGUUCAUGGCAACACAGCAACGCACGAAGCGGCGUGGAAGGGCUACUCGCGAUGCGUCGCCAUUUUGGCCGCGGGGGGCGCCGACCUCUCGGCGAAGAACGCGGGCGGCUUCACCCCCCUCCACCUGGCCUGCCAGAACGGCCAUAAUCAGUCCUGCAGAGAGCUGCUAUUGGCUGGAGCGUCGCCUGAUGAACAGAACAAUUACGGCGACACAUCCCUGCACACCGCGGCGCGUUACGGCCACGCCGGAGUCACCCGCAUCCUCAUCUCCGCGCAGUGCCGCGUCUCCGACCAGAACAAGAACGGGGACACCGCUCUUCACAUCGCAGCCGCCAUGGGCCGAAGGAAACUAACCAGGAUCCUCCUAGAAGCAGGCUGCGACAAGUCCCUCAAGAACCAUCAGGGAGAAACCGCGAGAGACAUAGCGACGAGGAAGGACUUGUCUGAAAUUAUUAAUAUUCUUAACACUCCAAUCGCUAAACAACCGAAGAGGAAAGAAAAGAGGGACAAAAGCAAGGAGCGGGCUAUAGACGAACCUGAUGCUGGAAUUAAGAAAAAGGAUAAAGACAAGAAGAAGAAGAAUGUGCAUUUCGAAACGCCUAAGGUUUCUGUUCCUUGGUCUCCGUAUGGAUGCCACUAUUACCCUGAUACCAAGUUCUUCCCGAAACCUAAGCUGAGCUCUCUACCCACCGAACCCUUAAAGAAAGGCGAGCAGUACUACUUAGAUUUGGCAGGGAACAUCAAAAAGGGUCCCAUUGGCGCCGGAUACACUUGUUAUUGUGCUCCGUUCUUCAAACAUAUGGAGGAUAAAUUGAAUGAAGAUAAGAAAGAUCUGAAGCGUCACAUAGAUCGAGCUCACGAGCGAUUAGACCAAAAAGUCACGGAUUUGGAAAUGAAAACUCAAGGACAAAUAUCUGAGUUAACAAGAUUCGUAGCAGCAGAAAGAGCUAUGUGCAAAGAAAGACACAAACACUUGGAACAGUGGCUGACAAGAGGAAUGAUGUUCAGAGCAUCAGAGAGAAUAAGAAAGUUAGAUUAUAGUCCGAAAGGCUCCCUAGAUAUAGCACCAUUGAAACGGACGAGGAGUUUAGAGUUGCUAGAUACCCACGCAGAAGAAUGGAGUAAAGUUCAUAGAAUAAUUAAGAACUUUAAUCAAAACACAGAGCAAUAUGAGACAAACACCAAAGAUCUGCACGAUAAAAACAAAGUCACAUCGAAGAGUACAGAAGUUUUGGACAGUAGGAGAUCGCCUGAAGGUCCUAGGAGAAGAUAUUUGCUUAAGAAUUCAAGGAGCAGCGAUCACUUGGAUUCUGGUCCUAGCAGAAGUUCCAGAUCGCCCCAUACUUCCGUGUCACACACUAGUCCCGUCCGAGAUGGUAAUUUGCAAAGUGUCACUGCUGAAAUUCACGUCAAAGGCUCCAAUAAAAUGUCAGUUUCCCAAUCGCCCGUUUCAGUUGAAGUACAACAAUAUAACGAGCGUUAUAGAUCACCUAGUCGACAAUCUAAUCUGAAAUCUCCGAGUGGAAGCAACGUGACACCGGAAUGCAGAAGUGAUGCGGAAGGAGAUAGAAAAACUCCCACCAACGUACCUGUAUGGAAGAGCCAAGUUCUUCAAAGAACAGCCGACGAUAUUAGGAAAAGAGUGAUAAUUGAAAAGGAAAUGUCUGAUGUGAUAGCGCGCGGGAAUACGAAAGCUAUGGACAUAUCACAAGACGGUUAUGUUAGGCUUAGAAAGCAAACGAGUGAUCCAAAAGAACAGGGUGUAGACAGAGGAUCUAGGAAGUCUGUACAAGAACUCGUUGCGCAAGUUGAGAAUCAGCAGAGAUGUCAAUCUCCAGAACCUUGUGUUAUGCCUCUACCUCGAAAGAUAACCCCCACCGAAACGCCAGAAGCCGUUAGUCCAGUAAAUGUUCAACCACCUUCAAGUAUCCUUAAGAUGCCUCAACAACCACAAAGACCCGCUCCAGUACUAAAGGAAAAGCCACCGAAAUCCAAACGUUUUAGCUUACACAAUCUAAUACCCUUCCCCACAAGAAAAACCUUUCAACCGCCACCUAGAGACAAUGGGAACAAUUCUGAAAGUAGCGAUGAAGAAGACAAUCCGAUCCGAAGUUCAAACCAGCCAGGGCUGAUGCGGAACUCCAAUUUACUGCAAACAUUACCGCUGCCAAACUACGAGACUAUGUCAAACAAAUCUUCAUCCCCUGCGCCUCACAUCCAACUAAAUCAAAACCUUUAUGCUCAUGAAGUAAGACCGGUUAUACCAAAAGACGCGUACUUCCAUGAGAUACCAAACAGACAAAUUCCCCACCAAAUUCCUUACAGAGAUAUGAUGGAAAACAGCGUUCCAUUACCUCAGUACAAUUCAAAGCAACCCCAAUACGAUUAUAACGAGACGGGUCUACCACAAAACCAAAUACAGGGCCGAAACAGGAACCCUUUGUACCACCACCAGACCGGAGUGUUUGACGCCAUGAUGCAGGAUCACAUCAUGCGUGAAAUGGAGCGAAUACCCCACUGUUACAGUGACCAUUUGGACCAGAACACGGAGGUAGAGAUCGCAAAACAAAACGACCACUUUCGCGGUUACUACGAUAACCAUGCGCCAAUGUACGGAGGGAAACCACUAUCAAUGAACAGGAAACCUGCGCCUGAUCAUAGUUUAUUGCACAGUAGACUUCAAUCCUUGGCUAUUAAUACUCAUUUGACGGAAACACAAAGUCAGGCGGACAGGGAAUCGCAUAAUGACUCAGGGUAUAGCACGAAGGUUUACGGUAGUUCUCAGGGUCCAUCGCCAAGUCUGUCAGGUCACGCAGGAUCUGAUAAUCUUUCUGGACAGAGGAUUAAUGUUUCCCAUGGGAAGAUAGGCGGCCAGAUUGGGAGUUCUAGCUUAGUCUGAUAAAUGCAGUUUCCACAAUCGUCGUCCUAAGACCGAGAGAGGAUUUCCAUUAAGUUCAUGUUGCAUGACUCAUUUUAAGAAAAAAAAAUCUGAACCUGGUUAGGUACGAGAAGCACAUAAAUAAGUAGAAUCAAAAUGGCGGCCAUCUGAGCAAGUGUGAUCACAGAAAUUCGGAAUACUUAUUAUUAAAUCUAAGAUUGUCACCUUAAAUAUGCACUGAACAGGUCAAUUUAUGUGCCAGGCGCUGUAUCAUAUCUAAUGGCAAAUAACGAUGAGGAAAUUCAAGAUUUAAAUGAGUUUCACAUGCAUGUUUCUUGUUAAUUUGUCAACUACAGAUGCACUACAAUUAAGAUUAUUCAAUGCCUAAUUUGAUCACAAUUUAGACACGAAUUAACCAACAUUAGAUUUAUUUUUUAUACUCAUAAAGAGAAUUCAUAACACCAAGUUCACUUUAAAUAUGUUUAAUUCAACAUAAUGGCGACCAUUAAGUGCCUAUACUACACAUAACUAAAAUAUAAGGAAUCUACACCAUUGACCUAUAAUUUUAUUCACUGGAUAAUCCACCUGUCUAAUAUAGUACCUAUAGCUCAUAAUACGAUGCAGUUCUUCAUACAAAUUUUGUGAACUACCCGAAGUAGGUAAAAAAUGGUGAUACGCAAUACAUACAUACAUAAAAUCACGCCUUUUUCCCGGAGGGGUAGGCAGAGACUAUAUCUUUCCACUGAUACGCAAUCUGGGCUAUUAUUUGGCAUAUUCACAAAUUGAAAAUUAAAGACAAUCCAGUGACUAUUUAAUUUUAAGAGUCAGUGAAAUGCACGGACUUACAUAUCAUGAAAUUUUAAUAUAGUACAAAAGUAGAUAUACGAUGCCAUGUAUUUACAAUAAUUAAGUAGAUAUAAUAUAUUUAGUGUUUCCUGUUUUUAAUGUAUAUUUGCUGUGUGCUUUGCCAGUUUUGUUACGCCCGAAUAUUCAAACACAUUUAAAAAAAAAACAAUUAAAAAAAUAUUUGUCAUUCAAAUUUCACAGCAUUGCUUGGAAGAAAUUUUGAACGAAACAUCUUUAUACUUAAUUUGGUUUAGUAUUAGAAGGAGCACUGAGGUCUGAAGUACAGGUUAUACCUAUGUACUCGUACUUUAAUAUUAUUUAAUAUUAAGUAUUUACUGCUUUUCUGUUUGGUCAAACAAAGGAAUUAUUAUUAAAAUAUAUAUAUAUAUUAUUACCUAAGGAAAGAAAGUAAUUAUAAAACAAAGACUCGAUUAAAAAUAUAUUAUAAUUACAUAAAACAUCAAUUUGCUUUGGGGAUUAAAAUCCUUUCCCUGUUUUUGUGGUACGCAGCAAAUAUAUUUGAUACGUACUUUUAUUUUUUGGAUUUGUUUAAAUAUUCCGGCGGGAACUUUUUGCAUUGUGUAAAAUAGAUAUUUAUUGUGUUUAUUUUAUGUAUGUUUUUGUAAUGUACUUAUUGAUAAUUUGUGUACCGUUUCUA